UUGAUGGAUUUUGGAUUUUAAUUGAAAUGAAAGUUUAAAUGGACGGAUGGAGAUGAUUGGAUAGGAGAAAGACGGUUGAUUAGCAGAACAAGAACAAGACAGAAGUGAAGAGAAGAGCGCAGGUAUGCCGCACACUGGCAACAUUUCGUGUGUGGUGUGGGGACGCAAGGGGUAUGGGAAGACGACUCUGAGAGAGAACUUGGCCGCCCUCUUCUGCGAACACUCAGGGGCUGAGCACCAGAAGAGGAGAGACAACAGUGGCAGUGGCCAUGGGGGAGGAAAGGGGGGACAGAAGAAGAAGCAGAAGAGUCUGCUGGACAAGCCCAGACCCAACAUGAAGAGUGUGGUGAGUGUGACCAGCAGGGCCUGGUUCGGACUCACAGCCGACACUGUCAGCUCACUCGCCAACUCCUACCCAAUCAGAGUGGAGCUCAAGGAGAUGGGGUGUUCGUGGUACAGUCUGGAGAGCGAGUACUACUUGGGCCAGUUGAGGAGUGCUGGAGUGAUCAUGUAUGUGAUAGACAGCACUGCCAGGUGGGAAAUACACGAGGAGAGGCCACUGUUCGAGAGGUUCCUCCACGAGAUAUACGGACAGGGGAUGGGUCCCCCUCUGUGUGUGGUCUUCACCAAGUGUGACUGUGAGGGGGCGGAGAGUGAGUGGAUGGAGGAGGCCAUGGGACUGACGGAGAGGAGUUGGACUUGCUGGCCAAACAUACCCGACUACAGACUACUCAAGGUGCAAUCGGAGGACAGAAUCUCGGACGACAUCCACACGCCCACGACAGCAGUGUGCAAGAAGGCUUACGACAUGCGGAACACGAUGGCCACCAUCCUCAUCCUCGCCCAGAACAACGCCCCCCUCUCCACCACUACAGGGACGGGGACAGGGGGCACGGAUGAACACGCGAGCAGCACCACAUACACACACAGUCCCGCACACAGACAACAACAACAAUAAACACGACAGUAGAAGAUACAGAACAAACACAGAAGCCAAACUGAGAAGACAAAAAAUAAACAAGCUCUAAUCGCUCAAACUGGAAAACAAAACAAAUAUUGUUAGAAAAUCAUCUUUUUCUACUCCACGUGGAAAACAGCAGAGCUUCCGUUUACGAAAAAACAAAUGAUAUUUUAUUAUGCAACUUCUAAAUAAACAAAUGACAUCAUCUUCCCAAAAAAAAAUUUACUCAAUCUGCAAGUCCAA